CAAAUAUACAGGGUCCUAGUAUUGUUUUUGCUGCAUCUCACAUACUACAGCGUCUCGACUGCAUUCCAUCGAAUCCUCUCCCUCUAGAUCGCCGUCCAUCCGACCCUGAACCCCCUGAAACCCAGUUUGAAUUCACACAUUUUGUGUGUCCCGCAAAUCGCAAUCGUUGGAAGCAAUGGAAGCCGCAACUACCAAUCCGCGGGGCAUUCCCGUCUUCCCCUUCAUGUCCAAUGUCUCAGACUAUGUCAAGUCGAUAGAAGAGGUGGAACCUACUCUACAGAGAUUCCAAGAAAUGGUCUCCAAGUACACAUUCAUGCAGCAAAAUGUUGAGCGUCGUGGCGCCGGCUUGAGAGAAAAACUGCCAGAGAUGAAGCGAACUCUAGAGGUAGUCAAGUUUCUCAAGAAGAAAAGAAAAGAUAUUGCAGAUGCUACGGAUUCGAGCCCAAAUGCCGACGAUCUCGACGAUGAUCCAGACACCAAAAGUCGUCCAUCUGAUGUCAUCGAAACCACCUUCAGCUUGCAAGAUACCCUCUACGCAAAGGCCAAUAUUAAACCUGCCCAAGUGGAUGAAGUCUACUUGUGGCUAGGCGCAAACGUCAUGGUUGCAUAUCCCCUUGACGAGGCCGAAGAGCUGCUGCAGGCAAAACUUGACAAGGCUAAGGAAAGCCUCAAGGCUGCCGAGGAGGAUCUGGAAUUCUUGAGGAUACAAAUCACCACUUUGGAGGUCGCUGUAGCCAGAGUACAUAACUGGGAUGUCGGUGAGAAACGAAGGCUGCGUGCCGAAGGAAAAUUGAACCCUUCAAAGGACGAAGACGACGACAAAGACUGAGAUCAUCAGACGAAUCUGGGCCGCCUGCCAUAUCACCAGACUAGAUCGAAGCUGAUCCAAGCGCCUCGACAAAUGCUCCUAGAAUGAGAAAGGCAUACUUCCAUUUGAUGUCAUCAUGAGACAGAAUACCCAUCUACACUAUUCGGGCCAGGACAAACCAUCAAGAUAUGAAGCACUCCAUCCCAGCACAGGUCCGGUGUCGAAUAAGCGCUUUGCUUCAGCGCCACAACCAAGUAACGGGCUGGAAUUCUCUGUCUACCUUGUCAAAUUUCACAAGCUUCCAAUAUCGAUCCUUCAGCUCUCUGUCCUUCACUGGGUCGUGGUCGUUGCAUAUGAAGCAGCGGCUCAGACUCUCAGCGUAGCCGCAUUUGACCCUACCCUCAGCGGGGAAGUAUUUGUUGCGGUAAAUCACACUCUCAGCGGAGGCAACCAUCAUAUCACGGCCAAACCUCUCACAUCCGCAUGCAGCCUUGCCGGUGAUCUCAUCAAGUUUUUCAACAAGCACGGAGUUGAAAUGCCCACAAGAAGCAAAUCUGAUUAUAGUCAGGCCACAAUUAGCUGUUGCUACAUGAGGCUCCUCAAGGGGCGGCUUUUCUAGGUAAUCCAGAAAUCGCCGCAGGUCAUCGACUUCCCAUGGUGCUUUGGCCGUAUGAUUCGGCCGACAUCGCACCUGGAGAUACUCUCGUUGCAUCCUUGUAAUGUGAUCAAUCCUCCGUGGCUCACCCGGUACGGCCGCCGUCGCAUCCAGAUGAUCCAAGCAGCGGUCAUGGUUGCCUGCCCAACGUGUGCAUUCCUCGACUUGGGCUGGAAAGGGCAGACGACCAAACAGCCUCUCAAAUUCAUAUUGCUCUUUACUCCAGGGCAGCGUGAGGUCCUCGAUACGCCACAACACGGGUGGGAAACACGGUGCAUUGACUUCUUGAGCCAAGAGUCGAAGCGAAGUACUGAAGCAGAUGAUGCAUUGGGCUGCAAUUGAAUGACUCUGACCCCAAGGCUGAUUGUGUCGCCAAGGUUCAGGACCACAGACCCUCUUUUCCUCGUCUGUGCAACGCUGGUCAUCAAAGAUGACAUCAACGUGGCCGCAGUGUUGAUAAUAUCGCAGAAUGAGCUGGCACAUGGUUACCAGAUAUGGAUGGAAGCGUGUAUGAAGUGGAUGAAAUGGAACAAUUGGUGUACCAUCAGUCAAGAUACUCUGUCCAGGUCCACAAAUGGAGUGCGAAUGAGAACCUCAAUAUCUGCCUCUGUCUUGGUUUUUCAGAGGUUUCUCGUAGUAGUCGUAGUCGUCUGGACGAUAUAUAAACCCAGAUGAAGGAGACGUGCAUAUUACUCUCUACAAAUAAGACCAUGCAAGAGAAGUUGAAAUAAAUAGUCUUGAUCUUGGUCUUGUCGAAACACCUUCAAU